AUACUUGUUGUGUGUGUGUGCGCGUGCGUGCGUGGGUUAAAGCUGCAGUUUUAGGGCAUAUUUAUUAUUUUCGUUGGAUGAUAUGUUUAAUUCAUACGCAGCCUGUUUCAGAGUGUUAGCCAUGUAAUGCUAUCUGAUUCGUAGCGUAGGUUACCAGUGUGUUUGCCGUUGCUAGGCCGGUGUUGUGGACUCGGUAACGGCUGUAUUUAACACAAGCUAACGUUAGCAGAGCCGUUUAUUCGACUAACUGUUGUUAUAUUAGCUGAGCGGCUAGCGAUCAGCUUGUCAGAGGAUAAUAAACGGCUCCCAGCGGCUGUCACUUAACCUGACGUCCCAGCUUUGAUUAGCAUUUGACCUCCCAGCUUGGCUGCCGAUAAAUGAUAUGAAUCUCUGAUUGUGUCUGCCCCAGCUGCUGCAGAUGUGCUCAUUUCUUCCAGUGAGCUGUUCCUGAAGGGAGAGGACACAAGGUGCCAAGCAGCGAGGCCUGGCAGCCACUUCCCACCAUGUCCAAGAGCAAGAGCUCCGAGGCAGUCAAGGUGGUGGUCCGCUGCCGCCCAAUGAAUGACAAAGAGCGGGCUUCAGGCUUUGAGAGGAUGGUCUCUGUUGAUGUCAAACUGGGCCAAAUUAUUGUGAGGAACCCUCGAGAAGCUUCAGCCGCUGAACUUCCCAAAAUCUUCACUUUUGAUUCCGUGUAUGACUGGAACUCUAAGCAGAUAGACCUGUACGAUGAGACCUUCAGGCCCCUGGUCGACUCUGUUCUUAUGGGGUUUAAUGGGACAAUUUUUGCUUACGGCCAAACGGGCACAGGGAAGACGUACACUAUGGAGGGAGUGAGAAAUGAUCCAGAAAGGAGAGGGGUGAUCCCAAACUCCUUUGAGCACAUAUUCACACACAUUUCACGUUCCCAGAAUCAGCAGUACCUGGUGAGAUCAUCAUAUCUAGAAAUCUACCAAGAGGAGAUCAGAGACUUGCUCUCCAAGGACCAAAUGCACCGCCUUGAGCUCAGAGAGAGGCCUGACACGGGCGUAUACGUGAAAGAUCUUUCAUCCUUUGUCACUAAGAGCGUGCGGGAGAUCGAGCACGUCAUGAAUGUGGGCAACCAGAAUCGUUCAGUGGGUGCCACUAACAUGAAUGAGCACAGCUCCCGUUCUCAUGCUAUCUUUGUGAUCACGGUGGAGUGCAGCGAGCUGGGUGUGGAUGGAGAGAACCACAUAAGAGUUGGCAAGCUGAACCUGGUGGAUUUGGCAGGCAGUGAAAGACAGACCAAGACUGGUGCUCAAGGGGAAAGGCUUAAAGAAGCUACUAAGAUCAACCUGUCUCUUUCUGCUCUGGGUAAUGUCAUAUCUGCUCUAGUGGAUGGCAGGAGCAGCCACAUCCCUUACCGAGAUUCAAAACUAACCCGUUUGCUGCAGGACUCCCUGGGGGGAAAUGCCCGCACUGUAAUGGUGGCCAACAUCGGCCCGGCGUCCUACAACGUAGAGGAGACCUUGACAACGCUGCGCUAUGCCAACAGGGCUAAGAACAUCAAGAAUAAACCACGCAUCAACGAGGACCCCAAAGACGCCCUGCUCCGAGAGUUUCAGGAGGAGAUCGCGAGGCUGAAGGAGCAGCUGGAAAAACGCGUAGGGAAGAAGAAGAGGAGGCAGCGGAGGAGGGCUGGGGAUGGGAGCGACGGAGAGGAUCUGGAAGAAGGGGAAACGGAGGAGGACGACGAAGACGGAGACGAUAAAGGGGACUACUGGAGAGAACAGCAGGAGAAGCUGGAGAAGGAGCGAAAGGCCAUCAUGGAGGACCACAGUCUGGUGGCUGAGGAGAAGACUCGGCUGCUCAAGGAGAAGGAAAAGAAGAUGGAGGACCUGAGGAAAGAGAAGGAGGCCGGAGAGAUGCUGGCAGCUAAAGUCAAGGCGAUGGAGAGUAAGCUUCUUGUGGGUGGGAAGAACAUUGUGGACCACACCAACGAGCAGCAGAGGAUGCUGGAGCUGAAGAGGCAGGAAAUAGCGGAACAGAAACGACGAGAGCGAGAGAUGCAGCAGCAGGUGGAGAGUCGUGAUGAAGAGACUCUGGGGCUGAAGGGGACCUACAGCUCUCUGCAGCAGGAGGUCGACUUUAAAACCAAGAAGCUGAAAAAGCUCUUCAACAAGCUGCAAGCCGUGAAGGCUGAGAUCCAGGGCAUCCAGGAGGAGCACAUCAAGAUGCGUCAGGAACACGAACAGACCCAGAACGAGCUCACCAGAGACCUCAAACUCAAGCAUCUGAUCAUUGAAAACUUUAUUCCCUUGGAGGAGAAGAACAAAAUCGCCAACAGGGCUUUCUAUGAUGAUGAGGACGACUGCUGGAAAAUGAAACCCAUCACACGUAUAGAGGAUGACCAUCAGAUGAUGUCCAGGCCUCUGUCUGCAGUCGGCUACAGGAGGCCUCUCAGUCAGCAUGCUCGCAUGGCCAUGAUAAUGAAACCUGACAUGAGAUACAAAGCAGAAAACAUCCUGAUGCUGGACAUGGAGCUACCAGCACGGACCACUAAAGAGUACCAAGAGCCAGUUAUUGCCCCAAAGGUGGCGGCAGCUCUGGAAAACGCUCUGAGGGAUGAGGAUGAGAUCCAGGUAGAUGCUUCAGGCUUUCACAGCAGCUUGGGACCAACCCCGCCUGCCAGCGCCAGCAGUAGCCUCAAGAAACCAAAGUCUGGUCGACCAAGAACAGGCAAGAAGUCGAACACGCCGACCUCUCCGUUCAGCCCCUCCAGUCCAGGAUCCCUUCUUUACCCACAAUCCCGUGGCCUGGUGCCCAAGUGACAGCUUCUUGCCGCUAACGAUCACCAACCUCUCUAGUACAGCUUUCCACUUAACGACAUCGGUCUGAGAGGAUGGUUGGUUUGUCAGACUUUUUGUGAAGACUCCAGAAUCUUAAGAGAACCUUUAAGACUAAUGCUGCUUUGUGAGUUUUAACUGCAACCACACCACUGCACAACGUUUCUCCUCCUCACCCUGACUGCACAGCAGCAGCUACGCAUGAAGCCUCGCAUCUCUUCACACUGCACCUACCUUCCUCUACCUUUGGCUGAAUGCCGGUAAUGUCUUAAACAGCACAAUGUUCUUAAUGACUGACUGCAGUAUCCUCAAUGCACGUCUACAUAUCUGGCCAGUGUGUUGGGUGGACAUGAGACAUAGACGUGAAGACUCAUUAACAGGCUGCGUGUGUUAGGGAUUUGUUGUACGGCUGUGUAUUUGUCUUUACAUUUGUAAAAACUGCGCUGUUGUGGAGCUUU